AUGCCUCCCAAGCGCAUCACAGUGCAACCGGCGCGCCGCUCAGCCAAACCCCAGGGCUACUUUAGCUCGAUAUACCACACCCUUACGUCGGAGGAGAACUCGAGCGUUGUGAUCAGCGUCGCUAUGUUCGGGGCUGCCGUCGCUUUCUUCAGCUCGGACUGGAGUGAGAUGCUGUUGCCCGGC